CAUGGGUUGGUUUUAUUGCCGACUUUCCUUAUUAGUCUGGGAGCAGGGGGGGUUAAACGAAGGUCACAUUCGAAGUUUGCAAAGUGGAUCCUCUCUUAAAUUCCCUGAAGGUUCAGGUUUAAUUAAGCAAAACUUAUAAAUUCAUGGCAGAUUAAGAGCUGACAGGACAAAUUGAAGAUUCAGAAUGAAUGUUCGGUAUUCCUGGCACCUUGUUCCUCUGGUGUUCUGUUGGCUGGGAGCUGGAGAGGAAACAUGUGAGCUCAGAGCAGACUUCGGGAUGAUAAGAGAGCAUAAAAAGGGGGAUGUUAUUCUUGGAGGGAUGUUUCCUAUUCAUUCCAAAAGUAUCAAUGAGGAAAAGACAUACCAGCAGAAACCAGGAAAGCAACAAUGUAGAGAAUUUAAUUUCAGAGCCUUUCGCUGGAUGCAAGCAAUGAUCUUUUUCAUAGAGGAAGUAAACAGAAACAAGGCUCUCCUGCCCAACAUCACACUUGGCUACAGUCUGUACGACUCGUGUGCUUUAGAACCCCAGGCAGUCAAGGCGACAUUAUCGAUGCUAACUGAACCUGCGCACGAGAGAGAGGAGGGGUGCAGAGACGUACCUUCGGUUCCUGUUGUAAUUGGCAACUCUGGGUCUUCUCUCACUAUUGCAGUCUCAAGAGCACUGCAGCCAUUCAGAGUCCCGUUGGUCAGCUACUUUGCAUCCUGUGCCUGCCUGAGCAACAAACACAACUUCCCCAACAUUUUCCGGACAAUUCCAAGCGAUGUGUACCAGAUGCGGGCCUUGGCUCACCUUAUUCAUCGCUUGGGCUGGACCUGGGUCGGCAUUAUUGCAUCAGACGAUGACUAUGGCUACCUAGGCACUCAAAUUUUGAGUGAGGAAGUGACAAAACUGGGGUCCUGUAUCGCCUACAGACUGGUGAUUCCAAGGGUGCUGUCAGAGAAGAAGACCUUUGAAAUUGUGAAAAAAAUCAAAGAGUCCACAGCAAGAGCUAUUGUGGUGCUUUCCAUUGAGGCUGAAAUAUACCCUUUGAUUGAGGAAAUUGCACACCAGAACAUCACUGACAGACAGUGGGUAGCCGGUGAAGCAUGGGUCACCUCCACCUUAAUCUCUGACAACAAAAACUUUCAUUUCCUGAGAGGCACAAUAGGGUUUGCUCUUCGGAAAGCAGAAAUGCCCCAAUUGAAAGACUUUCUUUUCAAGCUUAGCCCGCUGGAAAAAAACGUUAAUCAGUUUGUGAGAGAGUUUUGGGAAACGCAGUUUAAGUGUUCAUUUAAUGAAACAGGCACCUCUGAGUUUAAUACCUCUGCAACUACAAGGAGGUAUUAUGAUCAAACCUGUACUGGAAGGGAAAAUCUAGAGAAAUCGAAAAGCAUCUAUGGCGAUGUUUCAAACCUGAGGGUGACCUAUAACAUCCACAAAGCUGUGUAUGCUGUAGCCUAUGCUCUUCAUAAACUACAGGCCUGUGAGCAUGGGAAGGGGCCGUUUAUUAACAGAACUUGUGGGGAUAUAUAUAACCUCCAAUCAUGGCAGGUUGCUCACUAUCUAAAAGAAAUUAAUUACACCAACGAAUUCGGUGAUCAGGUGUAUUUAGAUCGCAAUGGUGAGCCAGUGGGAACCUAUGACAUAAUAAACUGGCAGGGAAAUUCUGAUGCCUCCAUUAAAUUUGUGACAGUUGGGCUCUUUGAUGCAUCUCUUCCUCAAGAUCAACAGCUUCUCUUCCAUGAAGAGGAAAUAAUUUGGAGUGGAGGUUCCCAGGUCAGCGUGUACAGAAAGCUGUCCUGUCGGCUACAGAAAAGCUGCCGGUCUUGGACAACCAGUUUGCUGCUACGACUGCGUCCCAUGUGCCGAUGGCACCUUUAG